UUCAGCCUCCACCACCUACUCAGGCUCAGAGCCCGCUGGGUGCUGGCUGAUGGCUUGGUGCGGGCAGCGGUGAGUACUCCCUGUGCUCCCCUUUUCCUUUUGGGACUGUGCCUUUUGGGUGGAAAAAGGGGGAUUUUCCCCACCUUGCAAAACCUCUGUCAGCAGCAGCAGCAGGUCUCUGUGCUUUGGUGCAUCCACAGGAGCUGUGCAGGUGGUGGGCAGGGUGGAUGCACAGGCAGCAUCGCUCCUGGGUGCUGCUCUGCCUGCAGGAGGUGUCAUGAGUGCACCGGCCUCAGCCAGGGAGGUGGGACCAGGCUUUGGCUUGCUGGGGACGUGAUGAGGUUCUGGGACAUGAUAAAGUGGUGGGACACGGCAGGGCGGUUGGGACAUGGAAGGUGGUGGGACACGGUGAGGUGGCCACUGAGCAGAGUCAUGAUGCGUUUUGGGACCAGGGGUCCCUACCCGAAGCCCCGGGAGCUCGGGGGCCUGCCCUCGGGGUGCCGGGCAGCGUGUCCAUCGGCGCCGGCGCGGCAGCAUUCCUUACAAGGAGUUUGGCUGGAGCCCGAGCGGCGGGAGCCGCGGUCGCCUCCUCCUGCCUCAUUCAUCCGCUCCCGGCGCACGGGGGCUGCUGCUCCCCAGGCCCCCCGAGAGCCCCGCGGCUCCUCCAGAGCAGGGCUUUAAGGUGGGAGGCCGCGUUUCUCUUCUCUUUCUGGGGUGCAAAGGGUGGGCAGAGGGCUGGGGGGUCCCUCUGUUUGCUGGGUGGGGAGCUGGGAUGCUGCUGCCGGCCGCUGUGGCUCCAGGAUGCGGAUAGAGGAGAGGGGAUCCCCCUUCUCGGCCCCCCCAGCCUGGGGCACCCCACUGGAAGGUCCCCACCCGGGAUGGCAGCGGGUGCCCCACGUCCCCCCCGUCUCUCCUAUAGGACAGAGGAUGUCCUCGAUGUUCGGCAAACCCCGAACCGGCGGCGAGCGGCCGCCCCAGAGCCCCCUCGGCGAGUGCAACGUGGCCAUCCUGGGGUGCCGCGGGGCCGGCAAGUCAGCUCUGACCGUGAAGUUUCUAACCAAGAGGUUCAUAAGCGAAUAUGACCCGAACUUGGAGGACACCUACACCUCGGAGGAGCUGGUGGACCAGCAGCCUGUGCUGCUGAAGGUGAUGGACACGGCUGACGAGGAUGGCCCCGGGAAUUGCGAGCGCUACCUGUGCUGGGCCAGCGCCUUCCUCGUGGUGUACAGCAUCGAUGACAGGAAGAGCUUCGAGGGCUGCCAGCGCUACCUGGAGGUCCUGGCCCUGCAUGCAAGGGGCUGCCAGAGCCGGUGUCCUGUGCUCCUCCUGGGCAACAAGCUGGACAUGGAACAGUACAGGCAGGUGCCCGCAGCCGAAGGGCUGUCCCUGGCGAGCCGGUUCGGGUGCCUGUACUACGAGGUGUCGGCGUGCCAGGACUUCGCAGGGGUGCAGCACGUGUUCCACGAGGCCGUGCGCGAGGUGCGGCGCCGGGCACAGUGGAACCUGCCCGUGCGGCCUCUCUUCAUCACCGAGGAGCGGCCGUGCCUGCCCAUGGCCACGCCGGUGGCGCUGCCCGCCCGGCACGGCUUGGCCAGCUGCACCUUCAACACCCUCUCCACCGUCAACUACAAGGAGAUCCCCUCGGUGGCACAGGCCAAGCUGGUCACCGUCAAGUCCUCGCGGGCGCAGAGCAAGAGGAAAGCUCCCACGCUCACCCUGCUGAAGGGCUUCAAGAUAUUUUAGGAGGUGUCCCUGCGGGCUGCAGGACGGAGUGGUGAGAGACCCUGUUCCCCCAACUCCACAAGGGCUAAGAGCAUCCGUGAUGGACCAAUGGGCUGCUGGUGGGCAGGGCAAAGCCUGUGGUGGUGAUGUGGUGUGCAGAUGGGGUGCUGAGAGCCUAAAAUCAGCCAUGGCAUCACCCUGCCUGCCCCUGCCCUGGCUCCCGACCCCUCUGGCUGAGCACCGCCGCAGUGUGUGCAUCUUGUCCUGCCACCAGCACUGGGGGCCAGCCCAGCUUUCCGGGUGGAUUCAGGCAGUUCCUGGAGCAGCCAGAGCCAUGGGCACCAUUGGGAGGGUGAGGGCUGUCCCCAGGGCCUCCAGCCAGCUCGGAGCAGUGAUGGGAGCCUAGGAAGGGGGAAUCAAUCAUUAACAAAGCAUGGGGACAUCCACCUCGCUCCUCUCCCGGGUGCCCUCACUGAGCAAUAAGUAGGAGGAAUUUUUGUGUAUUUUUAAUCCAAGCUACAGAUACUGUUUCAGCCAACUAAAGGCCUCAGGUGUCCCGAAACCAAUUCCCAUGCAUCAAAUAAGUCAUACCAAAAUAGCUGGGGUUUAAUCCACUUUUUACACUAUAACGUUCCUUUUCAAAGGCUUUACGAGGAGAAAUGCUUCACUGAUGAGGACGAGCUCUGAAAAGCCUUUGUUAAAAGACUGAUGUGUUUAAAAAAUGUCUUAAAUUAUUUCAUGGCUUUUACGUGUGCCCAGUGAAGGGCACGAAGUGAACCCCAAAGCAGACCAGGCUCUGCCUGUGCCCGAGCCAGGACCAAGGGCUGUGUGCUCAGCUUCAUUUGCUGUAUCAGGUUAAAUGUUCUCCUUCUCCCUGGAGAAGCAGUUAGUUUGCAGAGGUGCAGUUACUCUGCAGAGUAACACAAUCAGGUGUAUAUUUGUACAUAUAAACCUAUAUAUAUAUAGAAGACCUUACUGAUAGAGAGAUUCAAUAUGGGAUUUCAAACAACUACUUUGGAAAGUAUUUUAAUAAAGAUGAUUUCUGAAAAGAA